AUGAGGUUCGCAGCGGUCGCCAUCGCGGCCCUCGCCCUGCUCGCCGGCGUCGCCGCGCAGGACAAUGACAAUAACAGCGAUUCUCAGUCUGGCACCCGCACGCGGUCCGCGGAUGCGUCCAACACUUCCGGUGUCUCGCUGUCGCGGACUACCAGCGUAACUACGAUCACCACCCGCACCCGCUCAGGCGACAAUACCAUUCAGACCACCUUCGUCUCCAGCUCUGUCUUCAGCGUCAGCGUUACUGCUACCUCUUCCUCUUCGUCGGCUAGCGCAUCCGCGACCGAGGCGCCGUCCGCGGACAACACGUUCUUGGAAACAAAGAUCGAUCCCGCCUUUGGUGCACUCGGUGCUAUUCUCAUCAUCACUGGCUUGCCGAGCACGUUCUGGGGACACAAGAACAGAUGGACGUCCUUCUUUAUCACUGGUUUCUAUACCCUCGCACUCGUCUGCUUCGUGCUCAUCACGAAGUUCGGCAUUCUCCCUGCCAUUAACCCGCCUUCCAAGACCGUCCGCGGGAUGUUCGUCCUAGCAUGCGGCGUUGCUGGUAUCGCCGGAGGCGGCGUUGCCAUAUUCUUCUGGAAGGCUUCCCGCUACGCCAUUGGCGGCUGGGGCGGGUUCGCGCUCGGGCUAUGGAUCCAGUGUUUCCGUGAUGGCGGCCUCAUCUCAAACGUUGGCCUGCGGUGGAUUCUCUACAUCGGCGCUGGAGUGGUCGGUUUCGUCUUGUGCACGAUUCCCAAGAUCCACUACCACGUUCUACUGGUUUCUACCGCAUUCAUUGGCGCAUCCGCUACCAUACUGGGCAUCGACUGCUUCACGACCGCAAACUUGAAGGAGUUCUACGUGUGGAACCUCGGAUUCGAAAGUCUGUUCCCGAAGUUCAAGAACAAUGGCAUCAAGUUCCCUGUCGGCCAAGUCAUGCAAAUCGAACUCGGUCUGAUUGGUGCCAUCGCACUGAUGGGAAUAGCUGUUCAGCUACGCAUCCUCAGCACGCUACAAGUGAAGCUCAAGGAGAUCCAAGAGGAGCAGCGCAAGCGCGAACGCCAAGCGGACCUGGAUGGCGCGGAUCGUUUUGCCAUGAUCGAACGCGAGCGUGAACAAUGGGAGAGGGAGCACCCGACCUUCUCGAAGCACGACCGCGCCGAGAGUGGCCUUUCGACGGUGCCCCUCAUGAAGUACCAAGAUGGAUCCUCGUCGCCGAUGACAGAGCACUCGUUUGCGAACGAAGACCGCAAACGCCGACCAUCCGGUCUGUCCGACCUUAUGGCGUCUCCAGCUCCGGAAGAAGAGAAGGAACGAGCUGCUCGGAGCAAGCCCACCGUCGCGCUUCCCGCUCUCGACCUCGGGUUUGGUAUCGAAGACGACGUACCCAAGGACUUCAUUACCAAGGACCAGGGUCGGCCUCAGCCACCUCCGCAGGAAAUGCAGAAGCGCGACGACUUGCUUGCCGAAAUAGAUAACCUCCGCCGCUCCAUUGAUGCUCUUCGCACGGAAACGCCUGACCUCUCUACCUCUCACCGUCCCUCCCUGACCUCUCGCCGUACGCUCAGUACAGAUGCCGCCGCGGCUCUCCUUCCUGCUGCUCACUUGCGCCCACCACGAACCGGCGACCCUCGUGCGCGCACCCACUCCAUGGAACUGUCAACGCUAGCUGGUCAGAAUAGCUCAGCCGGCGAGUCUAUUGGACGUCCGACGAGUGCACCACUCCGUGACGUGGACUGGGACCAGUACGUGGCCGAGCGCAAGCUAUUGCAGCCGCCUGCAGGUAUCACGCCGCCUAUUCCGACGACCAGCCCGGGUCCCUUGAGUCCUACGCAACGCAUCAGCAUGGCGCCCGCUGUUGCCGAGGCGUUGCGCGAACGCAAGCUACGCGAAAGCGCACUGUACACCGGUCCGCGCAACAUCUCCGAGGACGACGUCCCUCUCGCUCAGCAGCACGGGCGUAGUCGCUCUGCUGGUGGUAACAUCCCCACCACGAUCCUUCCGCCGAAGGCUGCCAUCCAUGCGCCGCAGCCGCAGCGACUGAGUUCAACACCGCGCACCGCGACCUUUGAGGAGCUGAACGAAAGACAUCGCGAGCACUUGCAUCAGUUGCAAGCUCCGAUCACCCAAGCCCAGAAGGAACAGGCUGAGCUCGACGCUGCGAAGGCGCGGUGGGAGAAAUCGAAGGCCGCCGAGCGCGAUGCUGUCGCGAAGAGGCAGGCGGAGAAGGCCGCCCGUUUGAGGGAAGGUGGUCGCAGCGAGAGUCGCGAUAACGGCGAUCGCAGGCGACAACGCUCGCUCAGCGCCGAUAAACUGAACGCGCUGGGCAACGGCUCCGGUCACUCCAAGCGCUUAUCGACGAUGAAGGUGGAGGAUUGGCAGCAGCGCCAACAGGUGGGGGAGACCGGCUACAAGCACGAGCGCGGACCGAGCGGUAGCGGUGGUCGCACGCGCGACUCCCGUGCUGGUGUCCCCUUCCCGGACACGAAGCGUCCCCCGCGCGACGACCGCCGCGCACGCUAG